AUGGCGGUUCGGCGUUCCGCCCGCCUGCGUAGCCAGGGUCCAGAUAGUGACGAAUCUACCCCUCAGCCUGUCGCGCCUCCUCAACUUCCUUCUGUUAAGGAACACGAUGAGACGCGGAGUAAUGAUCAGCCUGGUGUCCGCACCCCGGUCGCCAAAAAGACUCCUCAGAAGCGCAUGUUCACAAACUCCCACCAGAAGCCUAAGGAGGCCAGAACACCAACUAGCACGUCCGCUGUUCGCCCAUCUGCGAAUGAAAUGCAUCCCAGCAAGGCACACCAAAGCACUGCCAAGAAAGUCGAUUCGGGACUAAUCCUCGGCUUCAACCCCAUCAAGAAAGACGCGGCUGGAAAUGUCUUGAAAGACGGCCCCAUUGAGAAGACUCCCUCCAAGACUAAGCCCUCGCCUGCGCCCAGCCAAUUCGGUACACCGGGCUACGAGUUCAAAUUCGGACAAGAGUCGGACCUCAGCAAUGCGGCCCAGCAAUUGAUGGAAACAAUUCGCCAAGAGGCCAGGCAGGCCAGAGCAAACAUGGGGCCAGCCGAAGCAGAACAGCAAAAGCGGGAUCUUCAGGCCCCUGUUGAUCGAAAGAUCGCAAAGGCAAGGGGUCAAGCGGGACGGUUCAGCGACGUGCAUAUGGCCGAGUUCAAGAAAAUGGACUCGAUUGCCAAUCACCCUUCUUCUUUCCGGGCCGUUCCAGGUCGCUUCGAGCCUGCGACAAAGUCAUUGAAACGUACAAAGUCCAAGGCUCAGUUGGACGAACCCGAACCCCAUAACGAAUCGCCAUCACGAUCCUCGUCGUCAGCAAAGCCGUCGGCCGUGCCUGUUCCUACUGCCACAGCAAAGCGUGUCAAGCACAACACCGCAGAUGAUACGACAGUCGGCCAUGCGAGUGUUAAAGCUGUCGAAAAGAAGGAAGACACUGUACCGAAGCCUGCUAGCCCUCGAGCUCGGCCUCGCUCCACAGUCCGCAGCUCUCUAAUGACACCGACUCGGUCUUCCAUGGCGCGCACCACAUCAAUCUCCCUCAGCUUGAAGGCCCCUAAAACAUCGCUGAUUCCAUCUUUGGCGCGUUCGCCCUCCACCCAGGCUCUGGCCUCACCGCGCACUCCUCGAACUGAAUUUAACCCGCGGUUCAAGACCAACCUGCCCACUUUCAGCAAUCUCAAGUCUAUCCUCCGCAGACGCCAGCCAUUGUUCUCCCGCAAUCCAGCCAAGAUCGCCGCUGGUACCCAUACUGCUGCUCCUGACUUCAACCCUGACUUGCUCUUCGCUGGCCAGAAUGAUCAGAAUGACGCCGCCCCAUCUCCAUCGCCAAAGAAGCACGUUGAAUUCACCCCUAGCGUUAAGUCUCGUCAUACCUUGGCUGAGGCCUCUCCCUCCCCGUCGAAGAUCCCCACCACUCCGUCCCGUUCCAAGCUGUCCGAGAUCGUCUAUCCAACUCUCCCUACUCUUACCCCGGAUCAUAAAUCAUCUGCUGAGGAGAGCACUACUCCGACCGGGUCACCCUCUAUUCGCCAUGUACGCACCUCAGAUGCUGGUAAAUCGGAACCUACGUGGCCCGAACUCCCUGUUGUGGCCCACGGAGUCUCUCAUGGACUGAGCAACAAGAAGAGACGUCGGGAGGACUUGGACGAUGAUGAUGAUGUUCCCAAUGCUGAGAAUGCCGAAAACGUGCCACCCGCUGACGCCCAGACCGAGGAGCGUGGAGUGAAGAGAUUGAAGGCCAACCCGCCUACUCCCAGCCCUAUCAGAUCACGUCCUAUGAAGACUCCCAACCGCUCCGUUUCUUCCAAUAAGUUUGGCACCCCUGCUAGUACGAGGCAGAAACGCCCCGGCAUGCUUAGCCUGAGUCGUCUGAACAUGCUUGCCAAACCCAAAGGACAAGUUUAA